AUGGACGUGACCGUGGACUUGUACCUGGCCGUCCCGCUGCUCUUCACCGUCCUGGCCCUCGUCCUCGCCUCCGUCUUCGUGAGGCUGCGGGGAGGCGAGGGGGAGAGGGCGGCCGAGCGGCCCGGGGAGCCGAGCAUCCCCCGGCAGCCGCCCGCCGAGCCCCGGGAGCCCGGGCAGCGGGAGGACGCGGAGAGCAAGAUACCACCUUUGGGUGCCUCGCCUGGGUCCAGUCUCGGGCACACGGAACAAGUGGAGGAUGGAUGUGGCCAUGCAGCACUUUCCAAGGCAGCUUUCCAAGGCACCAAGGCAGAGGAGGAAGAUCUGGACUCAGAAAACGAGAAGCUGGUGGUGAGAGAGCCGGAGGAUGAGGAUGCUGCAGAUGAGACGUUCUCUUUUAAAUACAGUCCUGGAAAGCUGAGGGGAAACCAGUACAAGUCAAUGAUGACCAAAGAAGAACUCGAGGAAGAACAAAGGGUUCAGAGAGAGCAGCUGGCUGCCAUCUUCAGGCUCAUGAAGGAAAAAAGUGACACAUUUGGAGAGAUGUCUGAAGGAGACAUGAAGGAGCAGCUUAGACUGUAUGAUAUAUAACCUUGCAACCAGUGGAGACUAUGCCCAAAAGUCAUCUUGGCCCUUAUUAUGCAGGACACUGGAGGCUGUAGUACUAUAAACCUGUUUUGGUAGUUAUUUUGCAGUUCCAGUUUGUUUUGCAAAUGCAUAUAGGCCUGUGAUAUGUAUUUC